ACGCUUACACAAAAAAGCUGAACAUUUUGGUGUGUUCUUGAAAUUUUGAAGCAAAAGAAUGGUGGGGAUGAUGAAGAAGUGGAGGCCAUGGCCUCCACUGUCAUCCAAGAAAUUCGAGGCCAGGGUUGUUGUCCAGAGGGUGAAGGGUCUGAGCAUAUCAAAAGAGGCAGGUGUGGGUUGGGAGAGUGUCGAGAAUUUGACGGUUGAGAUCAAGUGGAAAGGGUCAGCAAAGAUGAGCCCUUUGAGCUCCCUGAGGAAGAGGGGUGUGAGGAGGAAUUUCACAAAGGGGGAGGCUUUGAGGGCUGUGGAUGGGGUUGUUGAGUGGCAUGAGGAGUUUCACUCUCUCUGCAAUUUCUCUGCUCACAAGGGGGCUGAAUUUCUGCCAUGGGAGGUUGCUUUUACUGUCUUCAAUGGCUUGAGCAUUGGACCGACUACCAAGGUGCCCGCUAUUGCCACUGCAACAUUAAACCUUGCAGAAUAUGCUUCGUCUGCUAAAGAGAAAGACAUCGAGAUUAGCGUUCCACUGGAAGUCUCUUCUAGUUUGUGUAUUCAGAGCAGUCCUGUACUUUGUCUGUCUCUUAACCUCGUGGAACUGAGAAAUGUUCAUGAAGCUUCUUCAGAAACGACGCAGAAACCUGUUCCUGUCAUGACACAUCCCGCACUUGGAGAAGUAUUGCAUGACAAAAUUGCUGCCUCUCCUUUGAGAGCCGGUCUUGAAAAGGUUAAAAUUUUUAAGGGUUUAUCCUCUCGAGGACACAAGAAGACAUGCCAUGAAGAUGAGGGGAGCGAUUCCAGGAGCCCGGUCAGAAGCGAGGACAGCUACCCUGUAGACACAGACUCAUUUGGUGACUCGGACGAAUUAGGGGAAUCCGAGGAAGGAACUGAGGAUAGCAAUAUGAGGAAGUCCUUCAGUUAUGAAGCACUGGCUUACGCAAACCAUGCUGGAGGGCUGUACUAUUCUAAUACUAGUGGCAGUGAAGAUGAAGAUUUGAUCUAUUAUAGCCAUCAAAAAUCGGAUUCCGAGGAUGCAACUAGAUCAGCACUUGAUCAAUCAACGCGGCAGAGUUCAAAACGCGGGAUUCUACCCUGGGGCAAGAGGAGAUUGAGCUUUAAAUCUCCUAAGAGCAAAGGGGAACCACUAUUGAAGAAACAUUAUGGAGAGGAAGGCGGUGAUGAUAUUGAUUUCGAUCGCAGACAGCUUAGCUCCUCAGAUGAGUCUUCCACUCAGGGCAAAACUGGAAAGGGUUCAACUGAAGCUCAAUCUCCUGUCUCUGAAUUUGGAGAUGAUAAUUUUGCUGUUGGAAGCUGGGAAUCAAAGGAGAUCGUAAGCCGUGAUGGAGAAAUGAAACUAAAAUCUCAGGUAUUUUUUGCUUCCAUUGAUCAACGCGAUGAACAAGCCGCAGGAGAAAGUGCGUGUACAGCCCUGGUUGCCGUGAUUGCUGAUUGGUUUCAUAUCAACCGCAAAGAGCUGCCCAUCAAGUCUCAACUUGACAGCCUCAUUCGGGAAGGUUCACUGGAGUGGAGGAAGCUGUGUGAAAACGAGAGCUAUAGGGAGCGUUUCCCAGACAAGCAUUUUGAUCUCGAGACAGUCCUGCAAGCUAAAGUUCGCCCGCUAUCAGUAUCCCAAGAGAAGUCCUUCAUUGGGUUCUUUCACCCCGAAGGAAUCGAAGAUGAAGGGUUCGAUUUCCUCAAAGGCGCCAUGUCCUUUGACAACAUUUGGGACGAAAUUUCGAAACCCUGUCUUCAAGACAACAUUGCCAGUGGCGACUCUUUGGUCUACAUUGUAAGCUGGAACGACCACUUCUUCGUACUGAAGGUAGAGCAAGACGCAUACUACAUCAUCGACACAUUGGGCGAGCGCCUUUACGAGGGCUGCAAUCAAGCCUAUAUCCUCAAGUUCGACCGAGACACAACAAUUUCGCGGUUGGCUAAGGAGACUGAACAAGCCGAAGACAAACCGGGUAGUGAUAAAAACGAGCAAAACGACACAAAGGAAGCUGCUUCGGAAGGGAAAAUGAUAGUUAGCACUAUCACCAGCGCCUCUGAUAAAAAGGAGGGAGAAUCAACCAACGACGAAGAGCCCAAAGAAAGCGAGCAAGAAGCAAUUAUGUGCAGAGGUCGCGAGGCUUGCAAAGAGUACAUUAAGAGCUUCUUGGCCGCUAUCCCCAUCCGGGAAUUACAAGUUGAUCUCAAGAAGGGGUUGAUGGCAUCUACACCUCUUCAUCAACGCCUUCAAAUCGAAUUUCACUAUACAAAGAGCCUGGAGUUACCUUCACUACAUCUGACUGCUAAUCCCUCAGAAGCACAAUCAGUUUUAGCAGAGUAAGUGCUUACCCCCCAUCCAGUUAAUAGUAGUAUAUACCUAACCUAAACCCUCUUUUCCCUUCUGUGUUUAUACAGUAUGUUGUCUAUACUGCAAUGUCCAUUUGGUGGGGUUUAAUAUUUGCUAAAGGGCAUGUCUUGUUUAUCUUUCUCUCUUGUUUUUUGGGCACAUAAAUAUGAAGCCUCUUUGCUGGCACUUUUUUUCCCCUUUAAGAGGAUGUAUAUGUAAAUGACUGAAGUUAGAUCAGAGUAAACUCAGCAUAUGAGUUUUUGUUCUCUCAAAGAGAGAUGGUGGGUGUUUAAAUGUUGUCAUGAAUAAAUUUUAUUUUUACUUGGAGUUUAAUAGAAA